UUUAAUCCAAACACAUCCUACCUUCUUCAGCCACACCGGAACGACGGAACCCCAGAAAACAUCAUCACCGCUAUCACCAUAGCAAACAGUGCGAAUUCCGUGCAAAGCAAUCAAAGCGUUCGCUUUCACCGUAUCAGCGAGCCCGCGGGAGCACGCAAAAUGGAGGAGGAGAAAGCCCCCUUAAUUGGAGAAAUCGAGGAAGUAGGCACCGAUUCCGAUACAGCUCAAAGACACGUGCGGACCAAGGUUCCGGAGGUGGAGAUCCACCUGUACAGUCUGGGCAAGGGGCCCAUUGAAGUUUUCAAGUCGACCCUGGGAGGCUGGGACCAGGACCAAUUAGAAGUCCGAAAUAUCCUCGACAAGUAUGGAUUUAAAUCCAUUUACGCUUUCAAUCCUCAAUCGGGACGCGGCGUUCCCAUUCGGUUCAACCCUAGAAACGGCAGAUCGAUGCUGACUUACAGGGAUGGAGGAGUUGUUUACAUUGAUGGAGAACCAAAGGAUUCGAUUAUUAAACCAGUGACCAAGAUCUUGAUUGGGGUAGUAUUAAUAACCAUGAUGAUAGUACUGGUUUCGAAGGAUACUCCAGAAUGGAUCAAGAAAUUAAACCUUUUCGGUGGAGGCUUUCCUCCAUGGAUCUUGGCUUGUGCAGUUAUUGUUUUCACCCGCAUGAGGAAGAGAACCAAACACGUCCUGAAAAAGUUUGGUUGGUGAAUGGAUGCAGCUCAUGCUCCUGUGGUCGAGUUUAAUGGAUUUCUGUAUGCUUUCAGGUUUUUUUGUAAGAUGGCAUAUUUUUUUUUCCAUUUAAAUACAUUUUUUUUUAGAAUUGAUAUGAAUAAUUAUUAUUAAUAAUACUUAAUAGCGCGUUCUGGUUA